AAGAUCUAGUAACGCGAAGACGUCGGACAACCGUGGACCAUCAGUUUAGCUGUGCCCUCGAGAUGCGGUGAUGGCUCUGCUGUACAGAUUCGUGCAAGUACCUGAUAGCAGUGGCACGCGGAUCUUCUCGUUCGUCGUCACCAGGAACGUAGUUAGGGACCCUGAAAGGGACGUCACCAGUAAGGAGCUUGUCUGCGGCUUCCAGCGAUGGUCCGUCGCGUUUUCGCGUGGAAACAAGGUCCUGGGCGCGUAUCUAGUAUGGCGCGCGGCCUCGAGAAACUUGCGGGUCUACGUGGACUUCACCUAUCUGAACCGGGAACACUUCUCCAUGAACGAAGGCUUCUCCGGGAAGCGCGUGAGAUUCACGUACGAAGCGCCUGCCCAGGGCAACCGGAAUUACAUCCCGGUCUCAGACCUCUACAAUCGAAACUUCGCCGACACGAAUGGCGAGUUUCAGCUGGAGUUAUCAAUGGCGAACGUGAGAACGGUCUACAUGACCGACCUUCAGAUGCCCAGCAGCACGUUUUCAGCUGGACAAUCCAAAUCUAACAAGCUGGAAACCGAUUAUUUCGCUUUCGGUGGCUUCGACUGGAACCUGGUUAUUUAUCCUCAUGGAAACAAGGAAUUGGAAGGUUACCGUGGCCACGAUAGUUGCAUCAGUGUUUACCUGAUGAGGAUGAGUGGCUUUGACCAUCGGUGCAGAGUUAGAUACAGCGUGACUCUGGGCGAAGGGGACCGUAGGAUCGAUUCGGGCCAGAUCGAAGACCUGUCUGAUGCUGAGCAGUGCGGUUUCGGCUGGCAUCCACGAGUCAGGUGGUCCGAUAUCGCGCACAAAGGCGUAGUGCGAGUGUCUCUGGAAAUGGUGGAAGCCAGGACCAUCUGUGAAGUCGCUGUGCAGGCUCGAGGACCUUCCACUCUAGCAGCUACGCCUUGUUACGAUCGUGACAAGCAGGCUUGGAUGAUACGAGCUGAUUUGCAUUCGGAUACCGUCAGGCUGCACCUGGUGUACAAGGAUAUUCAUAACGUUCCUCGAAAUCACUUGAGGUACGUCAGCUGGUCAGCCUACCUACUUCAAGAUGCGGAGCCAAGCACGAUCGCGAUCGGUUUACCUGGCGCCCCCUUCAGCCGCUACUAUGCCCAAGAGUCAGCGGACGAGGGCAUCAUCAUGGAGACGAAUCUGGACACGAACAACGUGAAGGAAAAUCAAUGUCCAUUUCUCACGGACAAAGGGCAACUGAGGAUCCGGUUGGAGUGGAACGAGAGCCACUUGCUGUUCCAGGCAACCUAUCACAAAUACGACGACGUGUGUCGCAUCCACAAUGAGCAGAUGAGACGAGAGAUUGUCUCGCUGCAGACAGAGAACUUUAGCUUGGAAAAACAACUGUUCAGUUAUCAGAAGAGCCUGGCGUACACACAGGCGCAGCAGCAGCAACAGCAGCAGCAUCAGAAUCAACAGCAUCACGGUGGCCAUCAGGCCCACUUGGAGAGAUCCGCGUCCACAGACACCGAAUAUGCCUGACAAGUGGAACAGAUGCACUCGAACCAGCUGCCAGCUGCCAGUUGCCGGCGACAAUUGCCG